AUGACAAUAUCAGCAGAAAGACAAACUCGAACUAUCCGACAGAAUUUAUUUCAAUCGAUCCUUACAAAAGAUAUUGUUUACUUUGAUACACAUACGACUGGUGAACUUAAUUUAUGGCUAACAGAUAAUAUUAAUAAGAUUCGUGAUGGUAUUGAUGAUAAACUUGGUUCAGCAGUAGAACUUAUUUCUACUUGUACGAGUGCUCUUAUCAUUGGAUGGAAACUAACAUUAGUUGUAUUAUCAUGUUCACCGAUAAUCAUUGCUUCCUUCAUCUUCGCAUCCAAAAUUACAACUAAAUUGACUACGAAUGAAAUAAACGCUUAUGGAAAAUCCGGAGCAGUAGCUGAAGAAGUGAUUAGUUCAAUUCGCACUGUUCUGUCAUACAAUGGACAAGAACGAGAAAUACAACGGUUGGUUUUUAUGACUGUUGUCAUUGGUAUUUUCCGUGUACAACGAGCCACUUCAUUUGUUCAAGCAUUAAGUCGAGCUCGAGCUGCUGCUUACAUUGUAUGGAAAAUCAUUGAUGAACCAUCGAAAAUAAACAACCAUUUAGAAAGAGGUCUCAAAAAAGAUGAUUUCAUUGGUGAUAUUCAUUUUUCAAAUAUUCAUUUUUCUUAUCCAUCACGACCUGAUAUUCCUAUUCUCAAUGGACUAUCAUUCAAUGUUAAGCGUGGUCAAACUGUUGCACUUGUUGGGUUAUCUGGUUCAGGAAAAUCAACAUGUAUACAAUUAUUACAACGAUUCUAUGAUCCUUCUUCUGGUUCAAUUUUAAUUGAUGGAAAACAAAUCAAUGAAUACAAUCUCAAAUGGUUAAGACAACAUAUUGGUGUUGUUAGUCAAGAACCAGUUUUAUUUCAUACAACUAUACGUCAAAAUAUCUUAUUGGGUCAUGAUUCAGCUACUGAUGAAGAAAUACAUCAAGCAGCUAAAAUGGCUAAUGCACAUGCUUUUAUCAUGGCUUUACCUGAUAAAUAUGAGACUAAAAUCGGGGAACGUGGUGCUACAUUAUCAGGUGGACAAAAACAAAGAAUUGCCAUUGCUCGAGCGCUUAUUCGAGAUCCCAAAAUUUUACUUCUUGAUGAAGCUACUAGUGCCCUUGACAAUGAAAGUGAAAACAUUGUACAAGAAGCUUUAGAUCGUGCUGCUCAAAGUCGAACAACAUUAGUGAUUGCACAUCGUCUGUCAACAAUUCGUUAUGCUGAUAAAAUCAUUGUCAUGCAAAAAGGAGAAAUAGUUGAAGAAGGUGAUCAUGAGACAUUAAUGCAAAUUGAAGGUGUAUACUACGGACUUGUUCAACAGCAAAGCUUACGACAAGCUGAAGAAGAAGAAGAAUUUGAACAAGAAAAAGCAGCAGAAAUGUUACUUUGCAAUCAAGCUAGUUCAAAUUAUUUCGAUAUUCGAGCAAAUCAUGGCUCAACAAUAGUUAGUAUUAGCCCAUCAAUAUUGUCUUUAUUAUAUAGAAGUAGAAACUGUACAGUAAGUGAAGAAGACAAUGAAAGUUAUCUAUUUGCUUGUUCUGGUGAAAUUCUCACUAAACGUCUUCGUUCCAAAGCUUUUCGAGCUAUUCUUCGUCAAGAACCCGCUUAUUUCGAUCAAGCAAAACAUAGUACAGGUGCAUUAUGCACACGUUUGGCAACCGAAGCAUCAGCUGUACAAGGUGCAAGUGGUGUUCAUUUUGGUAUUAUUUUUCAAAGUCUUAUCUCAAUGAUCUCUGGUAUUAUUUUGGGAUUUGCUUUUUCCUGGCAAUUGACACUGUUGGUCAUGGUAUUUCUUCCAUUUCUAUUACUUGGAAGUAUUUUACGAAUUCGUUUAAUAGCAAGAUUUGAAAGGAAGGAUACCAAGAUUUUAGAAAAUGCUGGAAAGCAUUGUGGUUAUCAUGCUCAUCUUGAUCUUGUUUCUGAUAUUCAUCUUGAUCGUCGUCUUGAUCUUCAUCUUAAUGUUCACCUUCACCUUCAUCUUCGUUGA